CAAGAGUUUCGGUUCGGUCUUCAGUAGAGUGAGAGUUGCAACGGCUUUUCUCUCCAGAGCUCUCUAUUUUGUCAAAACCCAUUGAGCCUACGAACAGAAACUGAGUCUGUCAACAUGGUGAAAGCUGUGGUUGGAGAAGAAACCCAGCUCAAAUCGAUCGAGGAUCGUCUCAGCCAAUCCCGUUUCCCCGUUCAGGUGGGGCUGGUAAUAGGCAAGAUCAGCUCGCCUUUAGAACGAGGUUUCGUAUUCGAUUUGGUCCCAACCCCACCGAACGACGCCGGAGAGCCCGCGUCUUCCCUCCUCGAGACCGUCAAGGACGAGAAGAAAAAGGGACCCAAACCCAAGUCCCAGGCCGCCGAUUCUCCCUCUUUGUUCAUUGAUGAUGAUUGGGUCGCCGAACAUGCUCGUCAGGUGGCUAGAAUGCUAGUAGGUGGAAUGAAGGUGGUUGGCAUCUAUAUAUGGGUCACCAACGAUGUUUUUAAAAAUUCAACCAUAAUGCUUUCUCAGAGUAUAAAGGGAGUUGCAGAAGCAACACCCCUACUGCAGACUGAUCGGGAGGAAAGACUGCUCAUUCAUAUUUCUUACAGUCCAAUCAGGUGGACGUGUCGAAGUUGCACAUGGACUUCAAAUACUACAUCAAGCAGCCUACAACCCUGUGAUUUCAAAAUGGGAAGGGUCUUAACUUCCCUACAGACUUUCAAGUGCACCUAUAAUUUUAACCUGAGAUUGCUUGUAUGUCAUGAAAGUGCAUCAAAUUUACAAACAUUGAGUGAUAUUCUUUGUCAAGGAAUUUCUCAUCAUGCUAAAGAGCUGAAAGAUGCCAAGGCAGUGAUUGAUGGUAAUUUGGUCGUUAAUGAUGAACCUUGCACAUUAGAUGGAGUACAUGAAGUUGAAUUGCUUUUACCGUUCAUGAAAGAUACAUACGCAGAAGCAUGCAGCAGAAAAGAUGCUCUGGGUGUUCUUGUCUUCAGUGGAUCUGUGUGUGCUUUUGCAUACUUGAACUCAAAAGAAGCAAUUUCACAAGCUGUCUCUGAUAUAAAGGGGGACAUCAUCACGAGCCUACAAAGUCGAUUAGACAUCAUUUGUGAUGAGGCAUAUGGAGAUGUAUGGCCAAAAGAUGAUAUUAGCCCAGAAGCAAGUGAUGGGACAUCAACUGAUAAACCUGUUUCCCAGCUUGUCCUGCAUUUGUUAAGAAAAGAAUGCAGUCUUUCAUUUCCUCGAAGGGUAUUUGUUCCUUGGUUGGCAGGCACCUACAUAUGUGACUACCUACAGCCAUCUGAGACUCUUGAGGUUCUAAACGAUCAUUGUGUUGAGUUGAUGUCCAUGGAAGCACCAGCCAUUGCCUCAACGAUUUUGGAACCAGAAAUAGAAGCAGCCCCAUCUCUGGUCACCAAGUCCUUCUGGGAUGUGGCAAACCCAUUUCAUUCAGCAUCUAGCCUUCCCUUGGAGAAAAGUGGAGGUCACGCUAGAGAGGAAAAUGGAAAAGAAUCUACAAAGUCGAAUAAUGUCAACGUCAAGGCCGCUAUUUUCUUCCUUCUCCUCUCUAUCUUGGUGGGAUUUGUGCUCUAUGUUGUUAGGAGAUCAAGAUGAUAGUCAGUCAAGUUGAUGAUUUUGCUGUGAUAUCAAAUGUAGUUAAUUAGUUUUUGUAGCCCCAAAGAUUGCAGAUCAUACAUACAUUUCGUUUUCAAUCUGACGGCAGGGACAAAUAUAUAGCAUAAUCAUCUGAUCAUUUUAA